CAGCCAUCUGGUGCAGUUCCCUGCCUACAGCUCGAGGACGCCACAGCACUUCCAGCUGCCUUCCUGCUCCAUCACACCGCCCUGUGCUGCGGACAUAUUUGCACCGCCUGCCUUCUCGUUCCAUUGGCCCCAUCUCCUUCAUGUCGGAAGCACCACCAUCAGCAAGAGGAGGAGCACAGUCGCAAUCCAUGUUCAUUGCAUCCAACGUAGGCUUCAAAGCGAGUGGCCACGGCAUGCUCGCAUGCGACUUUGACUCUGUCGCGACCCAGUUUCAACCCAAGUAUUACAUGAAGCAGCAGCAGCACAAGCCGACCCACACCAACAACACCACGGGCCUUGCUCCUUCUGACGCCAUGCCGGUCACGGCCGACGACGAUGACGAAGACGACGACACCCGUCGGGAAGUCGAGUUCCCCGAUCCCGAGUACUCGAUCAACCGCGUAUCCGGGUUCCUCUGCGACUGUGCCACAGGUGCGCGCAUCAUGGACACAUCCAUCCUCAACUCGGAGGCCAUGCUGUCCAACGUCAUCGCGUACGUCCAUGCGCGCAUGAGCGUUGAACUCGACUUUGUCCAGCAUUCGAUCCCGUACGCUGGGGCGCCAGCAUCGUGCCAGUUCUUCGCGUCCAAGAACUACAACGUGACGAAGAAGCUGCUGGUGUUCGUGUGCAGUUCGCGCGGGUCCACUUGCGGCAUCUGGAGCCGCAGCCUCCUGCUUCGCUCGGGAGUGAACGUCGGUAGCAUGCUCCCGUACUUCCGCAAGGCCAUCGACAAGGGCUUUGGCGUGGUCGUGCUCAACCCAAACGUCAACUCUGUGCUCCGCGGCGCCACGAAACUCGCCAUCCCGUGCUCGUCCACACCGGAAGAGCAUGUCCAUCAUGUAUGGGAGCACUUUAUCUUUCCAAGCGCAGCCCAUGAGAUUCACUUCUUGGCGUACGGGUAUGGCGGCGUGCUUGUGUCCAACCUGAUCUUUAACCACGCGGUGAUGGCGAACCUGCAGCCCAGGCUCGGGAACCUCGGGUUCCUAGAGUGCACAACCAGUACCAAGUGUCCUCCGCAGCUGCAGCAUUCGAUUGGGCCACGGUGGGUGAGCUGGGAAACGUCCAAUGAAAUCGGGUUCGGCAAGCAGAUCCCGAAUCAAUCCGUCAACUCGGUGGGAAUCACCAUGUCGGCGGGGCCGACGGGGUCGUCGGAUGGCGGCGGCGGCAGCUCGUCGUCCAUCACGCAGACCGUGUUGGACCCUGUCUUUCGCUUCUUCGACGCCCCCAACGCCUAUGAAUUCCUCCGAACCGAAGCUAGGUGGCACAAUGUGAACGUCGUGGAUCAGUUCUUGAGCAAAACUCAACGGCGCAACGCCCCUAUCCCUGUCAAGAAGACCUCAAUGACAGUGGAUGACUUCGACUUGCUCAAGGUGUUGGGCAAAGGCGCGUUCGGCAAGGUGAUGCUCGUGCGAAGGAAAUCCUCGGGCGCGACGUACGCGAUGAAAGUGCUCAAGAAGCAGCACGUGGUGGCCAAAGCCCAAGUCGAACACACCCGAACCGAGCGCAAGCUGCUGCAAGAUAUUGACCAUCCAUUCAUUGUUCGGCUUCGGUAUGCGUUCCAAAAUGGAGGGAACUUGUACUUGGUGAUGGACUAUUACGUCGGCGGGACGCUGUUUCACAUGUUGCGGCAGCAGCGGCGAUUCAAGGAGCAUCAAGCGAGGCUGUAUGGCGCGCAAUUGGUGCUAGCAUUUACCCAUUUGCAUUCAUGCGACGUGGUAUUUCGAGACCUCAAGCUCGAGAAUAUCCUCAUGGACGGCGACGGGUUCAUCGCGUUGGCCGACUUUGGCUUGAGCAAGGAACAUGUCAAGUUGGACCACGACGCUGUCACGUUUUGUGGCACCCCCGAGUACCUCGCCCCCGAGGUGCUGCGGCGAAAAGCAUAUGGCAAGGCCGUCGACUGGUGGAGCUUUGGCAUUGUCAUGUACGAAAUGCUCAGUGGUAGCACGCCGUUCUACAACACGAACCGGCAAAAGAACUUUUACAAUAUCCUGCACGAACCACUGGAUGUAUCGUCCAAGUACUUUUCCGACGAUGCGCGGAGUCUCCUUCGCGGACUUCUUACCCGCAAGCCGCACCUCCGCCUUGGCUUCCACGGCGGCACUGAAGUGAUGGCUCACCCGUUCUUUGCGGACGUGCCGUGGGACAAGGUGUAUAUGCGACAGGUGCGCCCGUCGUUUGUGCCCAACAUCACAGCAGACGCCCCCCGCCCCAGCGACCAGGACGACAUCCCCGCCUCCGUACGGAAUGCCGGUGACUUCGACAUGCCCGAAGCACACGUCGACGCGUUUGCCAACUUUACGUACCGAUGCACAGAGCAAAUCGACAACUGGAGCGAACUCCAACACUAUCCCCAUCUCAGCGUGCAGAACCCGACAACGACCCACGAUGUGUGAUCAUGCUUCAACUGCGAAUUGUAGUACCCCAUGUAUAAUCAUUCUAAUGCUAGUACUAGUAGUAGUAUGUACUAUUAAUAGUAGAAAAAGUGCUAGUAUUAA